CAUUUUCUAUGGACAUGUUUACAAAGCUUUGUUAGAGUUCAUGGUCUAAAUUUAGUAACUAAAAAAUUAUCAUGUUUCUAUUUGAAGAUGCAGGUGUGAGUGUGUGCUAAAAAUUUUGAUGCUGUAACAUUGACAGAUGUCAACAAAUGGCCCAAAACUAAAAUUUAUUGAUCAUCAAUUUAAACGUGGUUUUAGGGUAUGUGUUAUAGCAGUUACCCUGUAAUUUAUUCAAAGAUCUUUUCAUCUAGGUUAUAAAAUAAAUAUUCAUUUAAAAAUUUGAAGAAAUGGCUGUCGAAAAGGUUUACCCAAAAAUUGAAGAACUGACCAGUUUUAACGCAAAAGUAGUAUGCCCAGAGAAAAACUGUAUGAAAAUAUUUACUACUGAAUCAAAUCUAACACUGCAUUUGGUAAAAACACACAAAAGAAAUGAACUAUGGUUAAUAAAAAAAGAAUUUUAUUGUCCCAAUAUAACUUGUAUGUACAAUACAAAAACAGUGUUUAGAAAUAUUAAACCCUUAAAACAGCAUUACAUGAAAGUACACAUGGCAAAAACAUUUGCCUGUGAAUCAUGUUGUAAAAAAUUUGUUACAGAACAAAUAUUACAAUCCCACAAAGAAUAUUGUGGUGUAACAUUUAAAUGCUGUGAUUGUGAGGUGUCAUAUGAUUGUUAUGAAACAUUAAAAACUCAUUGUAGAAGAAAGAAACAUGGCAUAAAAGAUAAAAAGAAUUACAAAUUUGUUACAAUGGACACAGUGGAACCUUUGAAUAUAGGGAGAUUUAAAUUAAUUUUACCAAAACCAGUGAAAAGUACAGCAGUAAAUAAAGUAAUGCUUAAUCAGAGCUGUCAAACUGAAUUAUUAAAGCCCAAAUUGAGUAGUAAAAGCAUUCAAGUGCAAAACGAAAAGGUUGAUAUUGGCACACAGGCCACCAUAAGAUCAUCCAGUCAAAGUAGCGAGACCCAAACACUAGAAGUAAAUAGUAAACACUCUUUGGAGGAUUACUCAGAACCCCAGAAGAGAAAACAUAUUAAAAUACAGACUACAGCUGUCCCAUACAAGACAUCAAGUUGCAAUACAUCCUUUGAUUUAAGUGAUUUUGAAUUUACAAUCAAUACAGAUCCAGAAAAAUUUAAUAGCAGUACACAAACCUCCUCAGCUGAGUUUGGUAAUAAUUAUUCCUCAUCUACUAACACACAUGAUUCAAUACAUACAGACACAUCAGAUCUGUUAAUGUACAGCCUGAACGAAAACUUGGAUUCAACAUUUUUCAAUUGUCACAUGGAGACUCAAACUGACUUAAUUUUACCUAACGAUGACCUCUUUAAUUACUGUGAUUAUUACAGUAACAAUAUGCAUACUCAGACUUGCUCUGAUAUUUUUAACGACGUUGUUUUUAAUGACACAGAAACGCAAACUACAAUAAACGAAAUGUUUAAUUCUGUUGAAAGUCAAACAAUUAUGUCGCAUACAAAAUCUUCUAAUCAUGAAGAUAAAUAUGUGGCCAACAUUGAAACUCAGACUGAUACAGAAUUUCAGAUUAAAUUAGAAGAAAUACAUUCCUGACUGUAAUUUAGCUUUUUUGUUUGGAUUAUUUAUUGUUUUAAAUUAUUCUGGACUUCUUUAUUCUUUAGGGAAGACAUUGUACAAAUUGUAUAAAAUUUACCAUGUAACUGUAAACUGUAAUGUAAAUAAACAAUUU